AUGGCCAACAAAACACAGACCUUGGCCUGCCCGCAUAUUGGCCUCAUCCUUGGCUGCAGCACCAUUUCCCUCCCAAAUACAAUUCAAACAGAGCCACCAAAUACUAGGGACAAGGCACAUCCAAAGAAAGGAGCAUCACGCCUCCUUAGAAUCCUAAUAUUCAAAUUGGUGCACCUAAUAUGGGCAAUGAGAUGCGAAAGAGUGAUAUGCGAGUCAACUCACAGUGAAGACUCAAUAAAAAGAAGAUGGGUAAAUGCCAUUGACAGACAACUACAGCUCGAUCGAGCACUAGCAAGUAAGACUAGACAAGACACUAAAAUGGAAUCAAAAGUAAGAAGCACAUGGUCAGAAGUAUUAUCUAAUCAACACCAACUCACCCACAACAACUGGGUAACGAACCUUGAGGUUUUAGUGGGUAUCGCGCUACCCAGGCCCUCGCAGACCGUGGCAACCAGGUAG